AUGGCAAGCCUAUCCGACAUUUCAGUUGCAAACAUUUUUAAAGGCAUCAUUCUUGAUUCUUUCAUGAAGGAUGGAUUCAUAAACUCUCCUCUACGGCCACCUCCUCCACAAAACUUCGGAGAACGUGCAAAGGAUUUUGUUAUUAAACACAAAAAGAUUUUGAUUACAACCGCUGCAACAAUUACUGGUUUGAUUCUGGGUCCUGUCGUAAUUGGUGGAGUAGUGGGAGCGUUAGGAUUUGGUGAAGCUGGUAUUGCAGCUGGAUCUGUUGCAGCAUGGCUUAUGUCAUUACAUCGUGGAACUGUCGCUGCUGGUAGUCUUGUGGCGAUUUUACAAUCAAUUGGUGCCGCUGGUUUAGGUAUUGGAGGAGUUAUUGCCACUGGUUUAGGUGGUGGUAUAUUUGCUAGCGCAAUUGCUAAAGCAUUGCUAAAUAUAUUGGAAUCAAAUGCUGAGGGGUUGGCAGAAUUGGAAGAAUAUGUUUCCAUUACUGAUGACAAUAAUGAUGAUACAACUGAUACUGAGAAAUCUAACAAAACUUUGCCUACGAAAGUGAUUUUUAAGAUGAAGCCCCAACUUCUUAACAGCAAUGAAAAGUUAAAAUCAUUUUUUAAAGGGUUCGACCUGGCUCAGCAAGUUGCAAAGGACAAAACCAGGCAAUUCGAAUUUUGGGUUGUUAGUGAUAACGAGCCAUGUAUUAAUGAUACUACUUGUUUGAAUAAGCACUUGGUAGAUACCUAUGGAGCUGAUAACGUUACUUUAGGACCAGGAAAAAUGAAAGCAUUUGAAAUUGAAAAAACGCGUCAAGGACCACUUAUAACUGCUACUUUUUCCGCUUUCUCUGAAUCUGGAUCUACAAUAACCUCACCUACCUACAACAAUUUGUGCAAUUCACCUUGCAGUUGA